AUGAAUCCUACAUCCCAAAGUAUCUCAGCCCAAAGCUCAAGUGGCGAACAGAAGUCUAGAAGAAGAACAAAGCAGAAGAAUGAAAGAAUUCCCAUGACUUUACGCAAGAGAAUCUUCAACUUGACCCUUCCUCUUGCAUUGACAGUAAGCUUAGAUAUAAAGCAAGUGUGGAACGCCAAGCCUUUUCAUUUGAAAUAUUCGUUUAUAGUUAGUAGGAGAAAUUCUGAUUCUGUACUCAAACUACCCGAGCUGGAAAGAAAGAGAAAACCUUUACAGAAAAAACAAUAUAUGGUUAAAAUCAACCUACGUAGACAGAGCACUGGAAUGGCUUAUAAUUUGAGACUUGUGCUCAUUUAA